AAAAAUAAAUAAAUUGUGGCCUCGAAAUAGUAUUUCGAGGCCACGAAAUAGGUAUAACGUGCGCACGAAAUACGUAUUUGUGGCCACAAAAUACUAUUUCGAGGCCACGAAAUAGGUAUAACGUGCGCACGAAAUGCUAAUUUGUGGGCACGAAUUGGGUAUAACGUGGCAACGAAUAACGCAUUUGUGGCCACGAAAUAGAUAACGUGGGCGCAUCAUAUUGAUACAAUUCCUGGACAGCUGCAUAGAGACACAAGCAUAAGAGUAGGCUAAAUCUAUACACCAUGGACAGAGACAGUAUGAUUGAGUUUUAUUUUAGGCUGGGAAUGAGCUACAAAUGCAUUUUGAAAAGCCUGGCAAUGCAAGGAACCAUCGUUACGGAGAGACAUUUAAAUCGGAUAUUGAGAGCCAAGUCGCUUUACAGACGUAAGUACGACCUGGACGCCGGGAUAGAUUUUAUUGUAAACCAACUGCAAGGGCCUGGGAAGGAUCACGGUUAUCGGUGGAUGUUUACAAAGUGCAAACAACACGGCAUUGCGAUCAGGAAAGAAGACGUCAGGAUCCUCAUCUCUUUGCUGGACCCAGUAGGUUCCCAGGUUCGCCAGACCAGACGUCUCAGAAGGAGGCAAUAUUUUGCUCAGGGGCCUAACUUUGUGUGGCACAUAGACUCUUAUGACAAACUGAAGCCAUAUGGGAUAUGUAUUAAUGGAUGCAUCGACGGUUUCUCACGCAACAUCAUUUGGCUGCGGGCCGCACACACUAACAGUGACCCAAAGGUUAUCGGAGGUUACUUUGUGGAAGCAGUGGAGAGCCGGGGGGGAUUCCCCAGGCUCGUACGAACUGACAUGGGCACUGAGAACGUGUUGGUCAGAGACCUCCAGUGUUAUUUACGGAGAAAUGACGGGGAUGAUAGAGCAGGAGACAGAAGCUACGUCACAGGAGCAAGUACCGCAAACCAGAGAAUUGAGAGCUGGUGGGGAGUGAUGAGAAAAGAAGGAGUCGAGACAUGGAUCACGCUUCUAGGAGAACUGAAGGACGAAGGAUUCUUCUCUGGGGAUUUCAUUGACAAAGCUCUGUCACAGUUCUGCUUCAUGCCAAUCAUUCAGGAGGUAUUGAAUGACAUCCGGAGUGUUUGGAAUGCUCACCGUAUAAGGCCCUCAAAGAAUAACAACGUGCCCUGUGGGAUACCUGAUGUCAUGCACAUGGCCCCUCACCUUUGGGGUGCAGAAGACUGUCUCGUUCCACUGACAGAAGAUUUGACCUUGUGUAAAAAUAGCUGCACUUUUGUUAGUUCCGUCCCAUGUGAUGUGCAAGUGUUUGAUUUGUGCACAAUAAUAAUGGAGGAAUCAAACUUGGAAUUCCCAUCUACCAUGUCCCAGGCCCUUGAUUUAUAUUUUCAUCUCAGGGAUACACUUCGUUCACAGUUAUUUGAGGCUACUUAAAUGGACACAAACAUACAAAUGUAGUACAUUUUGUACUUUAGUACGUAUUGUUACAGCUUAAUGUACUUAUUAUCAAGUAAUUAUUUUUCUCCAGUGUGUAGUUAUCUUGUCUUUGUAUCAAAAUUAUCAGAAAAGACUGUAUAACAUAAUUUUCAUGUUAUCCAUGUCAGUAAAUGAACUCAUCAUGAACUGUUGCUUGCUCUUGGUAGCUACAAAGCGUGGAGUAUUAAAUUAAAAUAUGAUAUAGGUUAGAAAAAAAUAAAUCCUUUUGGGAUUGAGUUAAACUUAUCACACUGUUAAAGCAUCAAAAGUUGUUCAUAAUAUUUUUUUGGUAGCAAAAAUGUGUUCAUUUCUAACAAAAACAAGAGCACCUUGGAUAACAACCACAUAGACUGGCAAUAUAUCUAAUGUUGUGAUCAAUUAGACAAGAAGACCAAGUAGGCUAAAGUGUAGAAUCAUAGUUGUGUCACCAAUGCUCCAAAUGUUUCUUGAGCGUAUAAUUUUGUUAUUGUGGAAUAGA